AUGAAUACCAACAGAUUUUGGUUUUGGUCGUCUGUUACGGAAAAAGUCUCGGUCCGACGAGGAGUGGGGUCACUUGUGAUGCCAAAGGCAGUGGCCGCUGUUCCUGAUAAUAGCCCGAAACUAACACUGAUCAUUCUUGAUGUAGGCACAUACAAGGAGAAAGUGUUGGUGGGCGUAAAGAAAAUCAAUUUGAUAAUUCAAGGUCAAGGUUCUCAGAAGACAACGAUCGCUUGGAACGACACUGCAGCUUCAUCAAAAGGCACUAUCUACAGCUACACAGUUUGCAUUGAUGCUAAAAAUUUCAUUGCUUACGACAUCGGCUUUAAGAACACAGCUCCUCGUCCAGCGCCAGGUGCAAUUGGAGGACAAGCUGUAGCACUGAGAGUCAGAGGAGAUCAAUCAACUUUCUAUAACUGCGGGUUUUUUGGAUUUCAAGACACUCUUAAUGAUGCUGAAGGAAGGCAUUAUUUUAAACAAUGUCACAUUGAAGGAACGGUAGAUUUUAUCUUUGGGAAUGCUAGAUCACUCUACCAAGAUUGUGAGAUUAACUCGGUACCCAGUGGUGCUAAGGCCAUUGGAGCUAUAGCAGCACAACAAAGAGCCUCAACUAAAGAGAAAACGGGGUUUUCGUUUGUGAACUGUAAGAUAGGAGGAAGUGGCAAGGUGUGGCUUGGUAGGGCUUGGGGUGUAUAUUCAACUGUCGUCUACUUAAACACUUUCAUGUCUGCAGUUAUUACUCCAGAUGGCUGGAAUGACUGGAGAGACCACAAAAGAGAUCAGUUAGUUUACUUUGGAGAGUAUGAGUGCUCUGGUCCAGGAGCAGUAAACCAUCUUAGGGUUAAAUACGCAAAGAAACUGACCAAAGCUGAAGCAGCUCCGUUCAUGGAUAUCUCUUAUGUUGAUGGAAGUACGUGGAUUAAAUAGUAGUAAGAACAUUCAGAAACAGAAAUUCAAAAACAUGGCAUUCCUUGACAUGAUUUGUGAGAAGCUUGUAUGAAGGCAAAAUCUAUCACAUUAAUGAAUGUCUUCUAUCACAUGUUCAUAAGUUACUGCGAGAAGAUAUCGUUUCUAAUACAAAG